ACCACACAUUUGGCACCGACGCGGAAAGAAUUGGCUAUGAAAAGCAUAGGCUUCGUUUCAGGGAGUUUAUUAAUUGAUCGGAAACGGUUGGAGAAGUUUCAAGCACCUACAAUGAAGGACAGACUGCAGGAGUUAAAGAAAGCGGCAGAGGACGACUUCACGGAGGGUAUUGUUGGGGGAAUCGACAACCCAACGUUUGCAGGGACAGAAUCCAACAAGUUGGAUGGUUUCUUUGAAGACAUUUCAGCCAUUUUCUCAAACCUCAACAAAUUGGAAAAUCUAGUUCAUGAUAUUCAAAAGAAGCAAGAAGAGGUGCUAUGUGGAACUGCAAAUGAGAGCAUCUACAAUAAAAAGAAAACUCUAAAAGAAGCCAAAUGCGAGUUGAUUUAUGAGGCCAAGGUCAUUCAGUCGCAGCUGGACAGGAUGAAGGAUGUACUCUUUAGGAAAAGGCGAGAGGCGCCGUUUUCGGUUGAGUACAGGAUUCGCCAGUACCAGUACAAUGCAUUGGUAACUCGUUAUCAGCAGAUCCUAACUUCGCACUAUACAAAAGAGACUGAAUACGUCGCCAAGUUGAAACAGCAAAUUCUUCGGCAGACUGAGCUGGCUGGCUUGCAACUGCAGGACGAGGACGUUGACCGUUUUGUGGAGAACCUUUCUGCUCCACAAAUCGUUGGCCAGGAUCUGGAGAUCCUCAAAGCCAAGGAGCACUUGGCUCUAGCCCAGGAGCGCCACAAGCAGCUGCUGGACCUCGAGUCGCAGAUAGCUGAACUUCACGAACUUUUCCUGCACUUCGAGGUACUGGUAACUGAGCAACAAGAAAUUGUAAACAGCAUUGAAUACAAUGUACAUCAUACUGUUGACUAUAUUACACAGUCUUCAGACUAUGUUAAAAAAGCAAUAAAGUACCAGAAGAAAUCUCGUGUCUCUGCUGCUGCAGCAGCCUUACUGGGACUGUGUGUCUGCAUUCCUUGUAUUGCAAAGAUGUCUUCUUAAAAACAAUAGCACCGCACAUGGCUUUUCUAAGAACCUGGAAAGUCCUAAGGAACGGAUUGUAUUCCACUCCAGGACUAUCCGGAUCGGUUGUCACAUUUCUGUAGAUUUAUUGACUUGUCUGUGCAUUAUUUCUGCGGCUGGACUUGCUGAAGACAGGAAUGUGGGCACCUGGGAGUGCGUGUUCGGGAGGUAUGAAUCAGGGAGUCUGUUAUCUUCCAUUCCGUGGCCCUGAGGACUUUCCAGUGUUUACAGGGGUGUGCUGACAUUAACCAAGGGAUUAGUAGUAAUCGCAAAAUUUUAAAGGAAGUAGGUGAGAAUAUUGCAGAUUACUUCAUCAAAAUCUUUCAAAAUUCUCUCAGCUCAGGCACCCAUUUCUUCAGAGCGAAUAAUUGCAGACAGCUCUGCUAUCUCAGAAAGUUCAGAGGAGAAAACCAGUGAAAAGUUGGCCUAGCAUCUGUUAGAAAAUUACUGGUCUAAGGACAGUUUUCAGUUGAUCAGAGAGAACUAGCAAAGAUUUGUAAAGAGUAGGUAAUGUUGAAGAAACCUGAAUGAUUUGAAUAAGUGCCUAAUGUAAUGGUUGCUAUUUAAAUUGAUGUCUUGAAAGUAUUUAAUAAGGUUCUUCAUAAUGGACUGUUACACAUAGUUGAAACUGGUGGCAGAACAACAGGAGAUGGAGAGCACCAGUAAUUGGUAAUGCAUAUUUGUCUUCAGCUCCUCACUGUUUAUGAUCAACCUAGGAAAAUGGAAUAGUGAGUUGCAAAUCUAAGUUGAGAAUUCCUCCAGCAGAUUGUUUGUUGCUGCAUAUCUAAGUUUGUUGGUGACACAGAAGUGGACAGCAUUGUGAGUGGUGUAAGCAGACAUAUUAAGUAUAAAGAGUUUCUGAUAUAUUAGGCAAAUGGGGACAAAACCAUGGCACACGGAUUUCAAUGCAGGUGAAUGUGGGUUUGUCCAGCUUUAACACAAAGAACAAUGAGAACAUUUCUCGAUGGUGAAACAUCGGGGGUGAGGGAUGCCCAAAGGUUCUCCAAGGUUUGGAGAGUGAUUAUAUUCCAUGGAGUUUUGAAGAUUAAGGGGAGACCUGAUUGAAUUUUUAAGUUAUUUUGAAGUUUGAUUUAGGAAGAAUAAAUAGGUUAGAUAGAACACUCACCAAUCAGUUUCAAUUGUCUUAAUGACAGGUCACCCAAGAUUAAUUUAAAAUCAAGAUUAAUUAAGGAAUAUUUAAGUUAAUGUAUUAAGGAAUAUCAGGAAAAGACUUGUGUAUGGAGUUAAAUUAUAGAAUGACAAUGAUUUCAGUGAAUGGUGGGACGGGGUCAGUAGCCUGCUCUUGUUCCUGUGAGUUUACUGGAAAAACUGGGCAGACCUCUUUACCUGUAUUGUCACCUUUGUAUAACAGCUACAGUUUCCUGGAAUUAAUUGACUUUUAUCCUGUUUUGUAUAUGAUUUCUGUAUUUUUCUUGUGCUUUUUUUUCCUCUGAAUUUCUAAUUUACUCGGAAGUUGUGAGAAUCAAGGCCAUUGGAAUGCCUGCUAACUGGACAAAGCUCCUGUUGUGAAAGAACAAUUAUAUGUUAACACACUGAAACACCUUUCUGAAGCUUGGUAAUGUGGUUUAUUUUUAAAUCAUUCUUGGUUUAUGGCUGUUAGCAAAAUUUAUUGUCCAUUUCAAGCUACAUUGGAAGAAGUAGUGAUGGUUGCCUUCCUGAACACUGAAGUCCAGAGGUGAGCAUGGCCCAGAAAUGCUGUUCGCCAGGAUAUGAAGAUAGCAGAAAGCAAGGACUGGCUAUUUAUACAGCCAAAACAGGAUUGUGGUGAUCUAGAACAGAAUAUGUCCCUGAGAUCUGCUGCCUUUGUGUUUUAGACGCAGAGGGAGAGUGGUGGGAUAAAAUGAAUUAAAAACUGAAGCUGUAUGCAUUGACCAUACUAUGUCCAAUGAAAUAUCUCAA